GCGAUGGAGGCGGUGGUGCUGCUGGACUUAAGGGCGAUCCUGUAAAAAGCAAGCGAGAAGAAAAUCGUGGUGGUAGCGGUCACCUUAAGGCGCAGACCACAUCGUCAUCUUCGGCUUCACCGCCCCUCUAUUUAUAGAGCGAGAGAGCGGAGAAAGAGAUAGAGACGAAGAGACAAAACGAGAGCGAUGAAGGCGGUGGUGCUGCUGGACUUCUGGGCGAGCCCGUUCGGGCAGCGGUGCCGCAUCGCAUUGGCGGAGAAGGGAGUGGAUUACGAGUACAGGGAGGAGAACGUCCUGGGGGACAAGAGCCCGCUGCUGCUGCAGUCCAACCCCGUGCACAAGAAGAUCCCCGUCCUCAUCCACGAUGGCAAGCCCGUGUGCGAGUCCCUGAUCAUCGUCCAGUACAUCGACGAGGCGUGGCCCGACCGCGCGCCGCUGCUUCCCGCCGACCCCUACUCCCGCGCCCAGGCCCGUUUCUGGGCCGACUUCGUCGACGUGAAGUUCAAUGAAUGCGGGUCAAGGCUGUGGAAGCUCAAGGGCGAGGCCCAGGCGGCGGCCAAGGAGGAGUUCAUCGGGAUCCUCAAGCUGCUGGAGGGCGAGCUGGGGGACAAGAAGUACUUCGGCGGUGACGCCUUCGGAUUCGUCGACGUCGCGCUCGCCCCCUUCGUGUCCUGGUUCUACAGCUACGAGACCUGCGCCGGCUUCAGCAUCGAAGAGGCGGCGCCCAAGGUGGCGGCCUGGGGCAAAAGGUGCAUGGAGCGGGAGAGCGUGGCCAACGCACUGUCACACCCCGACAAGAUCUACGAGAUAGUCGGCGUUCUCAAGAAGAAAUUUGGAGUCGAGUAGUCUGCAGUAGUAGUAGUAGCAGUGACUGUGUGUUGCAUGGUGUUUGCCUUCUUUGUGUCUGAUGAGAUACACACUUGUUGGUGGUGUAUACCACUUGAAUAAUUGCCCUCUCUGUUAUCUUCUCGAAUAAUACUAUAUCACUUCUUGGUGGUGUUAUGGGGCACCUGCACCAUUCUUUCAUUAGA